AUGGACGCCCGUCAUGAAGUUGACAAUGUCGAUCGCCAGGCUGAGGAGGGUGAAGGAACACCUGCGAUUGGCAACGGAAAGCCCAAGCACCCGCCAACAACGCCGCAACCGCGCGCGAUCAAGAAAGCCAAGGGUCUCGACCUAAUCGCUCAGGCAGACCUAGCGGAACGCCGCGAGCGGGAGAGGGAAGAGGCCCGCCUCCGGGCCGGGUACCCGCUGGCGUCGCUGGCGCUGGAGAGGCAAGCCGUCGCCGACCUGCGAGAAGCCCUGACCAAGACCGUGUGCGUCGUGCUGGAGCUCUGUCAGCACCAGCCGGAGUCGCCCGCCGCCGCCGCCGCCGCGGCUCCGGCCGCUUCUGCGGGCGAGGAGGCGUCGCCCACGACGGGGAGACCAUCGUGGUGGGAGCGUGACCCCCGGGCGAAGGCGGCGAGGGGGCCUCCGUCGACUCUCGUGCAGAUGGUCUGCAGCGGGGAGGACGCGGACGUGCGCUGCGCCACCUCCGAGUACAAGCUGAGCACCGGCACGGCGGCGGCCAGUCGCUGCUCUACCGCCGUCAGCUAUUGCGGCGGCGGUCUCUCAAACGUCAUAAUGGACGACGGGCGCAGCAACGGAGACACCGCCGCCGCCAGCAACCACAACGACAAGCCCGCGGCCGCCGUCGGCCAACGCUUUGAACCACCACCGCUGCUGCUGGUGCCACAACCACAGCCGCAACAAAUACCGCUGGAGGCGGGGGCAACAAAGGAGACCAGCGAGAUCUCUGGAUGUACCACUAGUAGUGGCACUCGUUCCAAGUUCCGAGAGAUGGCAACAACGGUGGCAGAGUCGGGUACCAUGGCCCGGACCAUUCUUUCGGGUUUCACCAACCCCCGGCAAAAACCCAAAGGCGAGCUUCUCAUUCCUCCGACGGCGGAAUCGCCCGUCUUUCAGGGUCCGCCGACGAACCCACGGGAGGCUCUUUCGGCGGCCCGUGCCGCCACGUUGAGGGUUAGAUCGUUUUCGGCAGGGAUCAAGGUCGAUGUCAGCGGGCGUGGGCACGGUGGCACGGAAGAGGAAGCUGGUCGGAUGCCGUGGGCGUCCGGCGGUGGUGCUGGUGGGGGAAGCAGCGACAGUGGAAGCGGCUGGGGGGCUCAAACGGCGGCCCCAACGGGGGGAGCUUCGACAGGCGACGGCGGGGGCGCAGGGGUGGUCGACAUGUCGGCGUCAGCGAGAAUCGUGAACGCGCUUCGGGAAGACACCUUGUGGGCGAAGUCUCUGCCAGAAUUUAUUCGCAAGACAAUGGAGGCGCAGAAGGGUGGCUUCGAUCGGCAGGUUGCUCUCAAGGAACGAGAGAUUGUGAUCCUCACCGAAGAGCAGCGCGACCUCAAGCGCGACCUGCGGAAUGUCAAGGCGGACUAUUAUAGCGCGGACACCGAAGACGUCAUUCGAGCGUUAAGGAAGAGGCAGCGCGGGCUCAAUGAGCAGGUGAGGUACCUCGAGCGGCAGCUCGAACUUGCACAGCAGUCUUCGCAUGUGGAGGGCGGCGCCAUCGAGGUGCUCGAGGGGCUCCUCCAUCAGAGGGACACGGACAAGCAGCUGGUCCACGGCUUGGGCCUGAAGAGUCUGGAAAUUGGGCUGAAGAUUGGGCUGCUGGAGACAGACGCCGGCGGCAAGACUGUGGAGGUGGGUGGGCCUUUUGAGCGCCGCCAGUGGAGGCAUGCAGAAACGAUACGGUUCUCCCGGCGGUUUGUAAGCCGCAUGGGCCAAAAGGAGCAGCAAGCUGUGGCUCACCUCAAGGGGCGCUUGGUGAAGGAACGGGGGAUUGUCGACGCCAGAAGAAAGACGGUAGAGGCUGAGUUGGAGCGCUCUCUUCCACACGGCAUGCGCGCGUUCGAGCGAGUCAGUCGGACGAUCCAACGCCUCUGCAACGGGUACACCUCUCUCCCUGGGCUGGUCGAGUGGGGCCGCCUGACUGCCGCUCGCCUUGAUACGACGACAACUGCGGUCGGGGACAGACGCGGUCUCGGAGGGGAUGGAAGCUGGGGUGGGAGGGUGGAUGGCACCGCUAUCGCUACGGCUAACCAUAGACCGGCUUACGGCGGCGGCGGCGGCGGCGGCGGAAGGCGCGAUCGCCGUGCGGUCAAUGAUCGGGCGGCAGAAGGACGAGGACCCUGGUCAGUAGCCGGGUUGUGCGACAGCAGGGACUUUGCGGCUCCCUCGUCCACCCACUUUGACGGCACUGGGUCUCUCUCGGAGAGAGGCGUGUUUGACUUCGGCCCGCGGGCAUCGGCAACCACUGCCGCAUCGUCUCUCUGGUCUGGCCCCUCUACUGCCUCCACCGGGUCGCUCCCCGGUCGACCGCGCAACGCCAUGUUCCCCUCCUCGAGCCACUCCACAAAGGAGACCACUCACUACUUCCCCACGAAGACCAGCGGGGUGGGAGGGCGUCACAAUCAAGAAGGUCGCGCCGAGGGCACUCGGUAUUCCCUCAAGACGGCGGGGGCUGCCAACUCCGGCGGUCAAAGAGGCGGUGGGAUUUUGUGUGAUGCAGAAUACAGUGGUGGCGGCGGCGGCGGCAGCGUUUCGUCGGGCUUGGCCGGUUUUCACGGUGGUAGUGGUAAAGGCGGCAGCAGCGUUGCAAGUUUGCUGCGUGAGGAGAGGGCGUUCCAGCGGAGAACUGCUGCAAACCAAGGAUCGCGAGAAACAGAAGAGGGACUACCUCGAGGGCAUGCCGACACGUUCCGUUCACUAAACCGCCACCACGGAGGCAGCGUUCCUUCGCUGGUGCCCCUGAAUAACGUGGGGCUGCCGGUCCGCCUUCGUCAACAGCCUCGAAGAGCCCAAGGGUUACAGGCGGCUAGAUGACUGGAGUAUCACCCGAAUUGGUCCUCUUUCGGAC